CGACAAGGUGAAGGGCUAGAUAAUCCCUACGAGGUCGACCAGUUGACAGCGCUGUUGUGGUGCGAGGAUGCCUGGUCAAAAGUUAGUGCUUCGACCAUACAUCACUGUUGGAAUCAUUCCGGACUCGUUGCUCUUCAGUUCAUUUUGAAAUUACUAAAUCAGUACAUUGGAAAAGCAUACUCCACUUCACAUCAAUUUAUAUAUUCUGCGUCUUUAUAUAUAUCCGGCGUUCCUUACUCGGGCAGAUUACUGUAG